UCAACAACAUUAGCAUAGCCCUCCCUCCCCAGCGCGCCUGCGCCGUGACCCGCGCCCCGAUUGGCCCACUUCCCCACGUACCCUCCUCUCUCCCCUCCAGCGUGGGACCCUCCGCAGGCUCCGUACUCUAAGGACCGUACCAAAACCAGGAGACGAUGAGGUAAUGGGGGCUCGCGGCAAGGCGUGGGGCCCAGAGUCAGCAGGAGGAGAAGUUUCUUUCAGCCACUUUCAUUUGUACUCUGGCCUCCUUGAGUCCCUUCCAAUAUGUUGCCUCUGAGAAGUUGGGCUGGGAAAAUUUUCCACUCCAGUCACGCCGCUUCCCCCUACACCCGGAAGAUUGGCCUUCCCAGAGGAACUCCCCCACGGGGAGGGGCUGCCGAGCGGAGUGGGAGUGACGUAGCGCGUGAGUGCCGGUCACGUGGCUCGAGGCGGCGCAGGCUCCUUCCGGCUCCCCAGGGCUGGGCUGCGGCGCGGAGCUAGACGCCCCGGCACAUGCGCAGUGGCGCUCCACGUGAAUGCCUGCGUUUCUCCUCGGACGUGAGGAUGCCGCCGGAACGCAGGAGCCGGACGAAACCAGAGCGGAGAGCCGGCGCGAUGCCGGGGAGGGAAGCCAGACCCGGGAGCGGCGGCACGCCCCGAAAGGCCGCCCGUUCAUCCCAACGGACACCGCAGGCCGGGCAGAGGGCGGCCCCUAGCGCGGUCCCUGCGGUGGCGGACGAGGAGGAGGAGAGCCGGCUUCGGCAGCGGAACCGCCUGACGCUCGAGGACGACAAGCCGGCCGCCGAGCGGUGCCUGGAGCAGCUGGUCUUCGGCGACGUCGAGGACGACGAGGACGCGCUGCUGCGGCGGCUGCGGAGCUCGCGGGGUCAACUACGUGAAAGCUCAGAAGACUCUGAAGUGGAAGAUGAAGCAGAAGACAAGCUUCGUCCUCAGAAGAAGCCAGUUUGGGUGGAUGAAGAUGAUGAAGAUGAGGAAAUAGUUGACAUGAUGAACAAUCGGUUUCGGAAAGAUAUAAUGAAAAAUGCCAGCGAAAGUAAACUUUCUAAAGAGAAGCUUCAAAAGAGACUUAAGGAGGAAUUCCAGCAUGCGAUGGGAGGAGUACCUGAUUGGGCAGAGACUGGGAGCAAGCGGAGAAAAUCUUCAGAUGAUGAAAGUGAAGAGGAUGAAGAUGACUUGUUGCAAAGGACUGGGAAUUUCAUAUCCACAUCCACUUCUCUUCCAAGAGGCAUCUUGAAGAUGAAGAACUGCCGGCCUGCCAAUGCUGAACGGCCUACCACUGCUCGGAUCUCAUCAGUGCAGUUCCAUCCUGGUGCACAGGUGGUGAUGGUCUCUGGGGUAGAUAAUGCCAUCUCACUAUUUCAGGUUGAUGGCAAAACAAAUCCUAAAAUCCAGAGCAUCUAUUUGGAAAAGUUUCCAAUCUUUAAGGCUUGUUUCAGUGCUAAUGGAGAGGAGCUUUUAGCCACAAGUAUGCACAGCAAGGUUCUUUAUGUCUAUGAUAUGCUAGCUGGCAAGUUAAUUCCUGUACAUCAAGUGAGAGGUUUGAAAGAGAAAAUAGUGAAGCGUUUUGAAGUCUCCCCAGAUGGAUCCUUCUUGCUCAUAAGUGGCAUUGCUGGGUUUUCUCAUUUGCUGUCAAUGAAGACCAAAGAACUAAUUGGUAGCAUGAAGAUUAAUGGAAGAAUUGCAGCAUCCACAUUCUCUUCUGAUAGUAAAAGGAUAUAUACUUCUUCUGGGAAUGGAGAAGUUUAUGUGUGGGAUGUGAAUUCGAGGAAGUGUGUUAACAGAUUUCUUGAUGAAGGCAGUUUAUAUGGAUUAAGCAUUGCUACGUCAAAGAAUGGACAGUAUGUGGCUUGUGGUUCUAAGAGUGGAGUGGUAAACAUAUACAGUCAAGAUUCUUGCCUCCAACAAACAAACCCAAAGCCAAUAAAAGCUAUAAUGAACCUGGUCACUGGUGUCACUUGCUUGGCCUUCAAUCCCACUACAGAAAUCUUGGCAGUGGCUUCAAGAAAAAUGAAAGAAGCUGUCAGAUUGGUUCAUCUUCCUUCCUGUACAGUGUUUUCUAACUUUCCGGUUUUUAAAAAGAGUGCUGUUUCUCGUGUUCAAACCAUGGAUUUUUCUCCCAGAGGUGGAUACUUUGCCUUGGGGAAUGAGCAAGGCAAGGCCCUGUUGUAUAGGUUGCACCAUUAUUCAGACUUCUAAAAAUGUUUUUUUUGAAGUAAGAAAAUUCUCUUAAAUACCAUGGGUUUGGGGUUGUACCACUGAUGUCAUUUGGUAGAGGUAUCAUAUUGACUUAGCUCUGCUUCUCUGCCUCAGGCCAGCUUUAUAUCUUCAGUUUAGGGGGGUUGGGUGCAAGUAGAUCAGGAGCUGGCCAAAUGACCUGAGCCUUCCUUGGAAAUUACUAAUCCCCAAUCACAGUGGUCUGCCUCCUCUUCUGAGGUCACAUUUGUAAGAUGAAUUGCUAAAUGGUCUUAUUAAUAAAACCCAGAGCCAGAUAUUGGGGUGAAAGCUGAGAGAUCAGGAAAUAGGACUGAGUCACAGUCAACGUCACCUCACCAACUCCUCAGUUUCCAAAGAGACCUACUUCCUGUAUACCCACACAUAUAUUAUAUGCCUUUCUGUCCCUGCCAUCUCAUUUUCUCUCUCUGCCCAGCUACAUCACUUCUUGUCUGUCUGUACAGACCUCCAGACCUCUCUGGUUAGUGAUAGGAUUAAAGGCAUGUGCUACCAACCACUGCCUAACUUCUAUGUUUACUAUAGUGGCUGGCUUUUUCCUCUGAUCCUCAGAUAAGCUUUAUUGGGGUGCACAAUAUAUUGGGGGACACAAUAUCUCACCACACACAUUUCUAAUAAUGCAUUCAGUAAUUGUCAUCAAAACUGUGGUUACUGAGCAUGUAACCCACAAAACAGAAUAAGCUUCACAGAAGAAUCAACAGAGCUACAGGUUGUGUGAACUUAAAAUCUUUGACUUGGGUGAUUAUUAAGUGGCUUGCCCUACUGCAUAGAGCUCAAGAAUGACUGGAUAAUAGAUUUUUGCUGGACAGUAUUUAAAACAAAGUAUGUUUCCUGUAUGGCUACAUCUUGGACCUGACACAGGGGUGGUCCUGACUGAGCUUUGCAGUUAAUUUUUUUUUUAACCACAGCUAACUGUCUGACCCUCUUAGAAUUAUGAAAGUUUAGGAGACUACAGAUAAGAUUUAAUUAGAGAAAAGAUUUUUCAAAGAUAGAAUUUUGAGCAGAAAAAGAAUGCAUUUCAGCUAUAUUACCUCUCAAAAAUACAAUGGCAGUACAUGUUGCUUGUGAUGAGCAGUUAGAAAUCAGCUGUAUAAUUUUUUUCUAUUCUUUUUCAGAUCCGAUUGAACCCAUCUCAAUACAUCUUCCCAGAAAUUUCCAAGUGUGUGUGAUAAUAUAUGGAUAAUGACUUGUGGAAUCUGUGCUUAAAUUAGCAGCAUUGUCUUAAUAAAUGUGUAACUUUUGUUUAAAAA